AUGCGGACGUCCUCCUCCUCUUUGCCGAGGAAGAGGAAGAGGAAAGACCUCUCGCCUCCCGACACCGUCCUUCUCGGCGAUUGGCGAUCGUCAGUUAAGCAUGUCCUCCGACAGCAGUGUCCUCCGCGGCACGAUAUUAUCAUAUCGUAUCGGACGCGGCACGAUGUUCUUCGCCGGGGACGAGACGUUCCCUCGGUGUAUCGUGAGCCUCCUGGCAAGCUGGGGAAUUGCCAAACGAGCGCGAUUCCCGGCAAACGGUGCUGGGGACGAAGAAAGCGGAAGGGAGGCAAAUGCGACAAGGGGAGCGACGACGAGGGAAAUGAAGGAGAGAGGCGACGACGAAGUACUGAGGAUAUCGCGAGUAAAGGGACCCUUCGGAGGGUCUCGUUCGACGGCGGCAUCGCCAAGGGCGUCUUCCUGCUGGCGCUUCUCUGCGCUCAGUGCUGCCUGGCAGGUACCGAGGCGCUGGCCGGCGCUCAAAAGUACUGCACGAGAACGGUCAAGACACGAUACGGCUUGCUGCGCGGCAUCGAGGCCAGAUCGUCGACAGCCGUCGAGACAUAUUACGGCGUGCCGUACGCGACGCCGCCGCUUGGCUCGUUGCGCUACAUGCCGCCGGUCACCCCGACACCCUGGCGCGGCACCAAACUCGCCGACACCAUGCCGCCGGCCUGCCCGCAGCGGCCGCCGGCACCGGACGACAGCCUGCCGCGGCAGAGGCAGGCCUAUCUCAAGAGGCUGGUGCCCGUACUGGUCAACCAGAGCGAAGACUGCCUGUAUCUGAACCUCUAUGUGCCCAAAGCUCCUCACGGUAGCAUUGCGGACUCGCUACCGGCACUCCUCCUUAUUCAUGGCGAUUCCUAUUCGUGGGGCGCCGGAAAUUCAUUUGACGGGACCGCCCUGGCCGCCCACGGACGCCUUAUUGUCGUCUCCAUCAAUUUUCGUCUUGGCGUGCUCGGCUUCCUGAAGACCGGCUCGAAGGGGAGCGCGCAGGGCAAUUACGGAUUGAUGGAUCUAGUGGCGGGGCUCCACUGGCUGCGCGAGAAUCUCGGGGCUUUCGGCGGCGAUCCUGAGCGACUGGCGUUGCUGGGCCACGGCACCGGGGCGGCUCUCGCCAAUUUUUUAGCCGUCUCCCCUAUGGCAAAAGAGCUGAUCGGGAGGGUGAUUCUGCUCGGUGGUUCGGCCCUCUCGUCGUGGGCGGUGCAGCGGGACCCGCUGGCGGUGAAGCGCCGCGUCGCCGAGCAGACCGGAUGCCCCGGUGACGUCGAGGCCGACGAUGUCGCACCGUGCCUUCGUUUGAGGAGCGUGGAGGAGCUGCUGGCGGUGCAGCUGGACCCGCCGAGAUUCACUUCCGGAUUUGCGCCCUUCGUCGACGGGGCUGUUCUGCCACCGACAGUCAAUCAGAAUUUCCAGCCCACUGCCUCUUCUUCGGGACUAAUGCCGAUCGUGCCCGGGCCCGGCGCCGAAUUCGCGGACUUCGGCGACCGUGAUUUGCUCUUCGGUUUGACAUCCGAGGAAGCUUGGGUGAAUCUCACCGAGGAGGAUCUACAGAACGGCCUGAACGAGACGAGGAGGGACCGUAUAUUGCGCACUUACGUCCGGAACACCUACCGCUACCAUUUGCAUGAAAUCUAUUCGACUCUUCGGAACGAGUACACCGACUGGGAGCGGGGCGAGCAGAGUCCCGUGGCGAUCUGCGAGGGUCUCUUAUCUCUCCUCGGAGACGGCCAAGUCGCCGCGCCGCUCCUCAGACUGGCCUUACUGCAUUCGGCCUCGGAGGGACGCGGCUACUUCCUGCACUUCCAGCCGGGCGAGCAGUCGAGCCAGAGGGGCGAGGAGGUGCCGUAUCUCCUGGGUAUACCUCUUCUGCGCGGCGGGGUCACGUCCGCGCUGCCCGCCUCUGGCAACUACACCCCCGCCGAUGAGAAUCUGUCGAAACUGCUCGUACAUUACCUGGCUAACUUCGUGAGGCGCGGGGACCCGAAUGGCGCGAGUCCCUUGUCCACGGCACUGGAGAACGGCCUGACGAUGAGUCCGCCGUUCUGGGACUCGUACGAUUCCAUAAAUCAGCUGUACUUGGAGGCCGCUCACAACCCGGAGAUGCGCUCUCACUACAGAGGCCACAAAAUGUCGCUCUGGCUGAAUCUGCUGCCGCAGCUGCACCGGCCGGGCUACGAGAUCAACAUGCGCCAUCAUCAUCUCGCGGAGAGCCCCGGCCUAUACGAGGGUCCGGUGAGGCCGCAGAGCACGGCCGUGCCUCUGCCGGCACCCCCGUUACCCAUGCCAUCCCCCACGGAGCCCUCGUCGAUACUGACCGCGCUGUCGACCACGGAGUGCACCCCGAACGCGACCGUCGCCACGACCAUCACGCCCACCACCUCGCGAACGUUGCAGAUCUCGAACCUGGGCCCGGGCCCCAACAACCUCCUGCGCAAACUUGCGUCCAGCCACUACCAGAGCUACACCACGGCCCUCACGGUCACCAUCGCGGUAGGCGUGUUUCUGCUGCUGCUCAACAUCCUGAUCUUCGCGGGGAUCUACCAUCAGCGCGACCGGAGCACUAGCGGCGGCGGUCUGUCGGGCGCGUUCAGCAACAAAAAGAAGGAGGAGUUUCUGGAGGCCGGCUGCUCCGGCAUGGACACCUCGGUUUCGGGCAAACAACGACUGCCGCCCUCCAUGAGCCUAAUGGACUCGCCGUCGUCGAUGCUGCCGCCGCACAAGGCGAAGCUCGUGCAGGAGCUCGAGCUGCAGCUGCAGGAGUUCCAGUGCUCGCCGCCGCCCGGCGGCGGCAAGCGGAUUCUGGAACCGCCGUCCUACAGCAAGAACCCGUGCAUCCAGCGGACCCGCACGCCCUCGCCCUGCGUGGACGCCACUAUCGCCCAGAUGGAUGACGUUAACACUCUCGGCGGCCUCCACCUCGACAGCGAGGACGAGAACGAGGAGGUGCCGGAACCGCCGCCCCCGCCCAAGGUCCCGGCGCCGAACGUGGGUCUCACGUGUCCCGGGAUUUUGCGACAGCCCGGGACGCCCGGUAGCGCAAAGAAACGUGUGCAGAUUCAAGAGAUCUCCGUGUGAUAGAGUGCGGGAUCCAAUGGUCUCUCGAGAUCUUUUGAUGUUGGAGGACGCGAUUCGCCGUGAACGAGACACGCGCGACAAGAGGCCCGGCGCUGAUCGAGAUCAAGUGUGGACGAGGGCCGCCUUUGAACUCUGAUUAUUAUCGGGGAUACACUCUCUCCGAGACGCGAGUGUUUCUCGCUCUUCUCCGUCGCUGUCGAAGCGAAUUUCGCUCCUCUCGUGAGAUUAUUGUUUCCUCGUAUUUCCAUUUGAGAAUAAAUAGCACGUUCUCGCGCUCGCGUGUUCGUCGGUUAUCUUGCGCGAGAUGAAAGCGCGAUCGCUUUCGCGUUAAGGCGAGGGUGAACGUUUGCGACGGCCGUGUUUGAUAAACCCCUUCUCGCGACCGUUCUUGCUCUUAAAACUCGUCACGGACUGCUGAACGCUGCAGAAACACGUUGAAGCUUACGAUCCUUGUUGUUCCUGAGUGAUCCUCGUCAGGAAUGGACGCCGACGUGUGCGUAGCGCUUCGCGCGACUGAAGAAAGUGAAACAUAAUUUUUACCCCGCUCCAAACGGAGCUGUACAGUGCCGUGUGUGCCCACGUACAGGUUGAAAGCGCAGCGUUGCAAGUGUGCUUUAUUUCGAGGGGUUUCUCGCCGAACCUUUCGACGCGCGGUCCACGUCGCGUAACGCAAUUCGAAUGAACGCGCAAAACGGGCACGUAAACACACGAGAGAAUACACAGGAGGUUCGUAGCGGUCCCUUUGUAUCCGAGACGUGAAUCUUCGUCCGUCCAUUAGGGACGGCAACGUCUGGCGUUUGAAAUUCACGGAUCGGCCGACCCUUAAGUUCAUUGACUCUUCAGCCGGCUCCCAGUUCCGGCGGUCGUUGCGGCGCGGUGUGUCGCAUAAACGGGGGAUUGACGUAAUCUCAGGAAUAAAAGGAGAUGCAAAAGACAUCUCGCGGCAGGCACACACGGUGUCCGUCACGGUGCUCGGGCUAACUCGGGCCCGAAUCUUGCCACAACGCUAAAUGGAAUUAAUCGAGGAAUUGGUAGUUUUGGGCUUCGACUCUUAGGUUCAUAAGACGGCGAGAACGACUAGUUUACCGAUACGCAUGUUCGUGCGAGAGAGAACUUGCGUGAGAGACAUGGGACGAAAGGGUGGAAAGAAAUGAGUGAAAAAAUGAGAAGGGAAAGCGCGGGGAAAGGGGAAACUUUGUGAGAUGCUAGCUUUCGUUAGCGUAAUUGGGCGCGCGCGCGCGUGUGGGUGUGGGUGUGUGUGUGUGUGUGUGUGUGUGCAAUCUUGUGCAAGGAAUUAGAACACGUUUGACACGAGAUAGGGCUAAACGGUUUAACGGCAACCGAGGGAGUACUUAAGAGGAUACAGGUGACUCUCUCCGGUACUUGCUUUAAAAAUUGUCCUGGUGUAACGUGAAAUUGCGUUUGCGGAGAAGAAUUUCGAUACGCCAAGUUCUGACGUUUCCAUCGCAGGCGACUGCGUUAUACACUCGAGCCAUCUUUACGAUGUAUACAUUUGUCAGAAAGUGUCGCGUUAUGAGUUUCCGCUGACUUUAAUGGUCACCUUAGUGGGGGAGGGGGGCGGAGGGAGGGGAGAAAAGUUGCGUUGUUUCAGAAAGUUAGAAAUUUGCUACAACUUUUUCACGACCGCUAUAAAAGAAAAGUAUUUAAAUGAGAGUUCCUAUACGUUCGACCAAUUGGAAAUGGCCCGCGCAUAAAUGCCACGAAUUAUUGGUAGUGUGUCAUCUUGAUUCCGCGCCCGAUUGAAGUUGAUCUAUUCUUGUUGCGCGCUGAAACCUUUAUUCGCUCUCGUCUACUCGGAAAUAUCUUUUCUCUUAAUCCUUUUGACAACCAUUUUGCACACUCGGCCACUUGGCAGUGACGGCAGAAUUUCGUGCAAGUUAAAAUUUGUCGUUGAGAGUCACCUGUAUAUUAUAAAUUUUCAUGCAAUAUUGGAAAUAUGGUAGUUGGAAAGUGAAAAGUGUUUGGGUCCAUUUUAAUUUUAAUAUUUUCCUUCGGGGUGCUUAGACGUGUCGAUCGGCUACUAAUAUACGAUUCGAACAUUUCGAAUCUGACCGAAUCUGUUUGAUACUACCGACAUGAGCUAUUUAUUACACCAGUGAUUACAAUUAUUUAUUACAAAAUGAUGUAAGAUGUGGCAGCAAAACGUAUAUUUAGUUUGUUUUAUGGGGGCGUUUAGGAUCAAAACUUACUAAGUCUAUGAGAUAUGCUGCGAGGAUGACAUUUGAUAUUGUUGCAAAAUCCCCCAAAGAAAUUGCUAUUGAAACAUAAGUCGGACAUUUUGUAUGUAAAAUAAUAUAUAUAUAUAGGGAGGCUAGGGCAAGUUUUGAUCUUGGCCACGUCUCGCACAACGCUCUUCGAAAUAUAAUUGGAAAGGCGGCAAGAAUUGAGUCUUAACUUGACAGCCCCGAGAAAACAAGUCCGUCGCGAGAGUAUCAGAGUAGAGAGAGACAGGCGAACCCUGUCGUAAGCAACCCCUACGACCGUUACCCCUGGUCCACAAUCUUGCUUUACCCCUGAUCUA